AUGCCGGAGACUGAGGGUAAGUAGUAGGUCUGGUUGUGUUGCUCAUGUUAUAGCCAUUCCGUUAUUGCUGGGGACUCAAGUUCAGUCUGUUUACUAGCUUUUUUGCACUUUGCUGCUCGAGUCAGCAUUUAAGGCAUUCGUACAUGUCGUCGUCCUUUGUCUAUGCUCUGUCAUGUAGACUCCAUCUCUUGAAUUUAUUUUCCCAUUGAGCGGAGUGCAUCUUUUUAGAUUUUGUAUCCUCCCGUGCGGAGGCUUUCUCGUCUGACCAAGUUGAACCGCGACUACUUUAUUCCUCUUAUCAUCGGAGACCGGGCUCAUACCUAAUAAGGCCUUUUUACGCAGACUAUCCGACCAGUGAAGUAGUCGUGUCCGCCUGGGCCUCUGGGCCGCAUAGGUGCGCAUCGUUAGAGUCAAAAACGUAAUUAAAAUAAAUUGUGGAGCCCUUUGCGGUUUCUCAUCGCCCGUCUACCGCCACUUUCUCGAUGGACCACGCCAUCUGGCGGCGCGCAUGCAGCGUGCAAUUUGCAGAGGGAGACUGAUGUGUUGGUUCGCUGCGUCGCUAUCCGAAAUCCGGGCCUUCAGCACUUCGACCUGCGUCACCACUCAAAUUUGAAUUAGUAGUUUCCUUCCAGGGUGUGUCCAGCGACUUAGGGCAAUGAGUCGCCCCUCCUAGCCGCUUGUUUGUGGUCACGUAUUUGUCCGCUGCGCUGACGUCCAAGAUCAACAUACCAAACGUGUCCGUUUGCCAUCUUAGUGACUUGGAGUGCCGCCUCUCCAGCAUCCCGGUCGCUGUAAUAGUUCGAAAUCGGACUUCCUUCGAAGGGGUUCGAAAAUUCGAAUGACUUUUCGGUCCCUCGUCGCCCUCCGUGGGCAAAUCGUUUAGCUUAAAUAAAUUACGGUGUCGUUCGGUGUGGUCUCACGCUAGAACCUAUUAAGGCGGAUUUUGGCGCGGACGAAUUGAGGAAAAGUGCACUAGACCCGAGGACUUCUGAAAACCGAGCAUCUGAUGAUGCUAUUUGCAAACUGACAGUCUUCUCCAUCUUCACUGGCAAAACAUACGAGCCAGCCUACAUGCACGGUUCGAUCUACAAGAGCCGGAAAGAGUCAUCUGCGGUAAGUACACGCCCGAACUAGGACACCAUUGCGUAAAUGGCGCGUUCAUUUAAACGGUGAAGAGUAGCUUUCCCGGCUCCUACAAACUAUUACGUCACCUUUUCAUCCAUUUCCCAAAGGAGGGAAGGGUAUGCGGCAAAAACAUGUAGCAACAAACUCCUUAUCACAGUUCACCGAAAUCGACAUAACCCUAAUUCCUAGCCGCCACCACGGCCACCUAGUGACGCACAAAGGUUGUUUUAAAACUCACAAAAGGCAAAAACGCACUACAGUGACCCAUUGGAACCAGUAUAAGAACUCUGGCACUUGCAAUGGAUGACAAUCCAUUGAACAGCAGCUGUCCGUACGCGCCUACGGACGAUGGGAGGGUUUCGCGGACGUUUUGGCGUUCCAGACCAUGUGUGUGCAAUGUACCGGAAGCGUCGGAACGCUUUGCCGCAUUAUUUGGCGUGGUUGCCUGUUGUAAUCAGAACGGCCACAAGCACGCAUGUAAGAUAGUACGAACGAAAUGGGGUGGGAGAAUCAAAAUGGAAGUGCCCUAGAACUGGGUUUUAUUCACCUUACAAUUGACGCAUCGAAACUUGAGUGGUACAGAGAACUGCAGUUACUGACGGUAUCGCCUAUCGUCCGACACCUACCGCGCCUAACCGGGUGGCGCAGAUAGACAAUCAACUGGAUGCUAGUUUUAUGCUACAUCUGUCCUACAGCGUGACAGCCUAGCUCAGGAAUAAGCGGAGAAUACAGCGGUUGGUCCCGAUAAUUGCACAAUUGCAGCGCGAGCCUGACACCCGCAUAUCUGCCUUUUAUACUUGAAAACCUUAUUGCUUGUCACAUUCAACUACCAUUCGCCGCUAAAUUGCAUCUGUUUGUCACCCUCCCGAAAUCCCCGGGGGCAGGCAUUAAGUCUGACCACUGUGGUGUCAUUUUUUUUCCUGCGACAUUGUAAACGAAAUUUUUUUUCUUUUGUACAGCCUCACUUGACAUAAGGUAGUAACCUAUUUCAUGUGUUUGUCUGCCUAGCCGUGUUUUCUCGAAUCUGCAUUGAAUGCCGUAAUAAUUGGUCUGGUCAACUCGACUGCCCGCUGCUCCGUCACGCUUUGUGGCCAGAUUCCAGGCCUUUACCAUCUGUUGCGCAGUUGACUUUCCAUUUUCUAAAGUUAACUGGAUCCUGAAUUUUUCCGAUCAGAAUCACAAAGAUCAGCUUGAAAAUUCAAGCUCCUGUCUCACCAAUAAUUGGACGGAAUAGCGGCAGUUAGUCGAGUUUGUAUAGUUCGGGCAGAAUGGAAAUGUACGGUCGACAACAGAUAGUCGGAUCCCUACAUUUCGGUAUGCUAGGGACUGUAGAAAGCGAAGACGUACAUACAUUAAAUUGUUAAAAGGAUUGGCGAAGGUACACGACUUUUUCGAACGCCGGACUUUUGGGUGAAGUGCCGUCAUGUUUCCGUGUAGUGAUGACAUAUACUAGGUUCAAGAGCCCUGGGAUCGGCCGUCAACCUUUGGGGCCCCUCCUACGACAUCAGUAAACGAGUAAAACGCGCACGUUAGGCCAAUGGGACCGCCAAUACUCUUUUACAGAAAACAAUAUCAUGCCAGCAAGUGUUCCAGGCGGUGACGCCCCUGUCAGAGCCAAACUCCCGUAUUUACCUAAGCCAUGGUAAUUUUAGAAAUGGCUGUGACGUUGCAGUAACGAUCAAACAGCUCUCUAUUUAGAACGGAAUGUGAACCCUCAUAGGCAUGGAUUAAGUCUUCAUAUCCACACAUUACUCAGUUUUGAAAGAACUUCAAGCAUAAAGAGAUAAUACCCAUUAUGGCAGGUGGGCGCUCACCGAUCAAGUUACGGAACGUGCUCGUUCUGUUGGGAUUGGGUAUGACUGGCUGAUGACGGCCAAUAAGCCAGAAAUAGUCAUUCCGGUCUCCGUUUUCUUUGUCGGUAUCACCUUAUCUACAGUAUUCAUGCUUAUACUUGGCACAGCUGUGGUCAUGCCUGAUCUAGCCCACGUCGAUGUUGCGAAUUGUGCCCCCACGCAUGGUAAUCCGCGGUAGCAGAUGUGAAGAGCUCAACCCAUUUCCCCCUCCAGCAACGGAGACGAAAUACCGAAGGUGCAAUAACCGCCGUUUCUCGACGGGCCGCCUGUCGCCAGGUUAUAAGUCCCCAUCGACGUCUCCAUGUGAACUGCUGGAACGGCGAGUGUGUGAAAACCAGCUCAGUCGUCUUUCAUGGGUGACGUGAGAUAUCUUCUCGAUGUGGCCUCAGCGAUUGCGGAAUGUCUCAGUCGAAACCAAAUCGGUGGACUCCACACGAAAGACGGUUUUCAGGGAACUGUAGUCAAACAUCUCCAGCUUUCAUACAUGUUUUAUGUACACAGCCAAUCAUGCGAAACCGCAUAUGACUGGCCGGAUGGAUGUCUGAUACACAUGGUCCUUGCGAUAAGGGAGAUAGCCCAUCGGGCCCACAGACACUUCUAAAGAUUUUGGAAACUGCGAGCAGCAUCGAUUCGAGGGACGACGGCAUCCUUUGUCUGCCCGUUUGACAACAGCUUGAUGACUAUUCCAGACCCCUAACUGAAGGACGAGAUAGAAAUCUCGAGCUUGAGCAAUUACUUAUUUGUUGCAGUCGGUUGUCUGACACACUUGUGUUGUUUCGCCAGCUUCAUUUACCUUUGCGAUCGGCCGGUUUAUUCAACUCAUGUUGGUUUCCCACGUAAGCGUCAUAGCAGACUGUUGUCCGUGCACUGUAUGCCUCAACUGUUCUGAUUUUGCGGUGGUAUUGCGAAUGCACCUAAUGGUUGGCGGUGUUGCGUUCCACAAACGCAUGUUGAUCGCCGAAGUUGGCCUAAAAGUCAGUGUCAAAAAGAUCUCAAUCCGAGAUUCGGUUUUAGCGACGUCAGAAUAUUGGGCUGGUAAAACUUUUGCUCUAGUGGACCGAACUUCCUGUCCGCCAAAUUGGAAUGUGAUUCCUUGCUUUCUAACACCAUCAUGGGCUUUUUCUGUAGGUUAUGAAGAUGGCGUUGAGGAACGCGUCAUCAAUGAGGAGUACAAAAUAUGGAAAAAGAACACUCCCUUCCUGUACGACCUUGUCAUGACGCACGCAUUGGAGUGGCCAAGCCUUACUGCCCAGUGGCUCCCUGACGUUACACGGUAAGUUCUCUCGGAUUUUACGCCAAUUUUCGCAUUAUUUCAAAUGUCCUCCCAUUAAGCAGUCCAGACUGGAGGUGUUUCCAGCAUUUGUAAAGCAUUUUUUCGAUACCUUUGCUUCUACUCCCUACAGGCCGGAGGGCAAGGACUAUUCGGUGCACCGUCUCAUCUUGGGCACGCAUACUUCUGAUGAACAGAACCACCUUCUUAUUGCCAGUGUCCAUCUUCCAAACGAUAACACCCAAUUCGACCCCAACAAUUACGACGCUGAUCGAGGAGGUCUGUCUACCCUCUCAAUUUUCACAUAUGUGCUCUCUGGGACUUACCUCCCAUGCAUUUCUUUACCGAGUCUUUACUCCACGGCACUUCAUCGCUCAUCCUCGCAUCUUUGUGUUUACAGAAUUUGGUGGUUUCGGCGCCGUCACCGGGAAGAUCGAGAUUAACAUCAAGAUAAACCACGAGGGUGAGGUCAACCGAGCUCGCUAUAUGCCCCAAAACCCCUGCAUCAUUGCCACCAAGACACCCAGCGCGGACGUCCUGGUCUUUGACUAUACCAAGCACCCUAGCAAACCCGAUCCGUCUGGCGUGUGCCAGCCGGAGUUGAGGCUCCGCGGUCAUCAGAAGGAGGGCUAUGGCCUGACAUGGAAUCCGAAUUUGAACGGCUACCUUCUUUCCGCGUCGGAUGAUCAUGUAAGCAUAACUUGACUCAUUUGAUAUAUGCCUCCAGUACUCCUCAUAUACCAUGUAUACGACCAUCUCUUACGGUAGCUGGUGCUGCUUAGCCGAUUCAACUGCCAAUCGCGUGUGUUGUAAGUUAUCCGGGUGGCUCUCAGUUUCUUCACAGGUCGAGACCCGCAAUCCUAGCCACAUUGUCUCAAAUUUGCACAGGGUGCGAGACUAAGGGGGUAGUCUGGUGAUUGCGCAAGUGGUACGGUUGAAGGCCCGCAAACCACGUGUCACAGUUCCAUCAACUCAUCUACCCAAACAAGAUGUUUUGCCCCAUUUAAUUUUGGUAGCCGACUGUUAGAAGUUGCCCGAUACCAAAGCAAGUGGAAACUAGGUCUCUCCUCUUAUUUGUCCCAAAGACUCCCUGUUAGGUCAUAGUCAAUCAAAAUUGCCGGUGUCAAGCGCUUUUUGUUUGAUUAGCGUGAAGACAGUCUGUUCCGAUCGGAAGGAUCUCUCUGUAUUAACUGAUCCAGCAUCUCGAUUGGUCAAAGCAAACAUAGCAUACUUGGAGAUUGUCUGCAGCAACACCGACUACUUCGAUCUGGUCUAUUCAUCGCAGGGAUUUCCGCUUUCUUUAAGCAUUAAUUUUUUACUUAGGUUUCAAAUUAACUGUCCUCCCUUCCCUCGUCGCCCUGUCUUUGACGGGUUAAGAACCAUGUUGACUAGGUUAACCAUCUUCCCAGCUUCGUCUUAAAUCAUCAAAUCAUGCCAUUCCGAAUCAGCCUCCUAUCUUUUAAAUACCUUGCUCUGGUCUGAGUCUCUGGCAGUCGACAUUAUCUUACUUCCUCCCGUAUAACGGCUACCCAUGCUGCAUCCCCAUUUGUUGGAGAUGACUCAGAUACUUUCUUUUCUCAUAAUGUACAGACUAUCUGCAUGUGGGACAUCAACGCCACCCCCAAGGAGGGCCGCAUUAUUGACGUGCACACAAUAUUUACGGGUCACACGAGUGUGGUGGAGGACGUGGCUUGGCAUCCUCAGCAUGAAUCAGUCUUCGGUUCUGUUGCGGACGACAAGAAACUCAUGAUAUGGGACACUCGCAGCCAGUGCACUUCGAAGCCCAGUAACUCUGUGGAGGCGCAUCUGGCUGAGGUCAACUGUCUCUCCUUCAAUCCCUUUAGCGAGUAUAUCCUCGCCACUGGCAGUGCCGAUCGCACUGUCGCACUGUGGGACCUGCGCAGCCUCCAGAUGAAAUUGCACUCCUUUGAAUCGCACAAAGACGAAAUUUUCCAGGUGAGUUUGACUUGCAGUUUACAGAAUGCGCUUGCAACCGUUUUUUUAUGGAACCUAUAAUUAGCGAGAUUUAGCCAUAGACACCACAGCUCAUUGAGUGCAGAUACCUCUCUUCCUGGAAAUAGUUGGUUUUCUUCUAACUGUAUUUUGACUCUCAAAACCGAUCACCGUUGUACAGCGGCUUCUCUUAUUUAAUUCACUUUCUAUCGCUCUCUGUCUUAGGUUCAAUGGUCGCCUCACCACGAGACCAUCCUGGCAUCCUCGGGCACCGACAGACGGUUACAUGUCUGGGAUCUAAGCAAGAUUGGUGAAGAGCAGUCACCGGAGGAUGCCGAAGAUGGACCGCCUGAACUUCUCUUUAUCCAUGGCGGCCACACUGCGAAAAUUUCCGACUUCUCCUGGAACCCGAAUGAUGCCUGGAUAAUCUGUUCCGUUUCAGAGGACAACAUUCUCCAAGUGUGGCAGAUGGUAGGACCACUGUCGGUCUCGCCGCAUCAAUUUUUUGAAAUUUGCGUCUUUUGCUCCUUCAUUGCGAAUCGUGGCUACCGAUGUUUAACGCUGCCCCUGCGAAGUGUACGCAGUCGUGACUUGCGCAUGGCCUUGUUUGUAAUGAGGCAGACAUAGCCCGCUCCUCAGACCCAGCUAGUGGUUCUAACCCCCGAUUACUGUACCUGAGGUGGUCUUUCGUGAAGACCUAAGACCUUAAAGCUAGCCAGGACGUGUGAGGAGUAGACUCGGAUAUACAGGCGAUGGCAGAAGCGGAACGAGAGCAAGAUAGAAUCUGUUCAGAGGCACUGUCAGCCAAUGCAUCCUGUUAGAGUCACUGACGCAACUGCAUCCUCGGAAUUACUCUGCUGCUCGUUCUCUUCUACAGAAGUGGGGCAUUGCAAGCAUGAUAGUCGAUUUUGUUUGGUCCGCAUACCGAUGACUCUCUUAGCUCAGUCUGAGAGGGAGUCGCCCUGUUCUACCUUUAUCUUUAAUGACGGCCAGUCUGUAGUGUCUUGCUUCACUAGCUAGAUAGGGAGCUACAGUUGUAGCCAAACUCCGGACUUGGUCACCUUUAUCACCUUUUUACGAAGAAAGCAAUGCCUGCGUGAACUUUUGGUUUUGAAGAAGCAUUGCCGAUAGGGACAUGAAAGGUUGUCUUGUUUACCCUCCUUGUUCCCUCCUGCCAUAUUUGCGGUCCGCAAGUGGCAUUCUGACUUCUGGAACCAAAGGCCAAGCAUGCAUCGUUCUGUUUUGUAAUUUUCACGUGGGUUGAAUUUUUGACGGGAAAAUAUUCCUGUUGCCUUGUUUGCUUUCCGAUGAAAUUAAUGUUCGAACACAGGUACGAGCCUGUGUUGCCAGUACGGUAAAUAAUUACACAGUUCCAUACUACUGACUGUCUGUUGGCGGUUUGCAAAUAUUACGCAGCUCAAAUAUUCAUAUCCAAUUUCGAACCGAGCCUGAAGAGGUCUGUUUCGAAGAAUUUACUCCAAGUUCGCGCGUUAAUUUCCUCGGGAAUUAAACAAGGCUAGAUUAAACUGGAGUUCAUAUACCAGAAAGCACAGGGAAGGCUGGAGGACGCACUGAUGAGCCGAACUCCUCGCAGUUGCGUCGGGCAGCGGCACAGGAUCGGCGAUAGGCGCGUGUCUAGGCUUUUAGCUUGCACCUGUGUUGUCAGUACGGUAAAUAAUUACGCAAAUAUCCUAUUAUUGGGCACACCGUUCACACGCAUGUCAUCGCCAUAGUGGUCCUUCUUACUUGUGGUAGUGGAACUUUUAGUUAGUCCCCAGCCUUGGCCUCACCCUCCGCGCAGGCUAUCCUUAUCGAACAAGUUUCAUCCGUUUGUGCAAACUCGAUCUUUCUCUCUUCAGGCCGAGAAUAUUUACAAUGAAGAGGAACCCGUGCUGCCAGUUGACGCUGAGUAA